AGGAGUCAGGAGCCCCGAGUCGUGUUCCCAAGUCAGAACAGCGCCUUGCGAUCCAAGGCUUAGGUUGCUGUGGGAGAGUCUGCGAAUAAGCGAUGCUGCCACCGCCGCUUCCUGAUUGGCUGCGGUUGGCUCUCUCUUCGUUCUGAUUGGCAGCUGGCAAGCCGGAUGAUGCUGAGCAAAGGCCUGAAGCGCAAGCGGGAGGAGGAGCAGCAGGAGGAGACGCAAGGCCUGGAAGUCAACACUUGGUGGGCAGAUCCGGGCCACCCCUCUUCAGUCGCUGAGGCCCCACCUGUCGUGGCUUCCAGUUCCCUGUUUGACCUCUCGGUACUCAAGCUCCACCACAGCUUGCGGCAGAGUGAGCCAGACCUUCGGCACCUGGUGCUGGUGGUGAACACGCUUCGGCGCAUCCAGGCUUCCAUGGCGCCUGCCCCAGCCCUGCCCUCCAUGCCCAGCCCACCCGCAGUCCCGGAUGUGGCUGACAGCCCUCUAGUCAGCUCAGACACCGGCCUUUCAGACUCCAUCGCUAGCCUCCUAGAGGACCUCAGUCACAUUGAGGGCCUGAGCCAGGCCCCCCAGCCCCUGGCAGAUGAGGGGCCACUUGGACGUCCUGUGGGGGCAGCCUCCUCUGGCAUGGGAGCCUUGGACCUGCUAAGCCCCGCUGCUGGCUGCCUGCUGGACGAUGGGCUGGAGGGCCUGUUUGAGGACAUUGACACCUCCAUGUAUGACAGUGAACUUUGGGCCCCAGCCUCGGAGAGCCUCAAACCAAGCCCUGAAGCUGAGCCCAGCAAGGAGGAAGCUCCAGAGCUGGACGAGGCUGAGCUAGACUACCUCAUGGACGUGCUGGUGGGCACACAGGCACUGGAACGGCCCCCUGGGCCGGGACGCUGACCCCUCAGUGCUGGGGGGGUUGUCUGGCACUCAAACUGAGCCUGGUGGCUGGCCAGCUCUUCCCCCGAAAGGACCCAGCUCACUGUCUUGUAGAUAGGGGCUUUGGAGAGAGAGAAUCUGGCCCUGGCCAACUUUACCUCCCUCCUAGGGGGCUGAAGGAGUGGGAGGGGCAUCUGGGAUCUGCCCUCAUGAUAGAAUGGCAGGGCCUGGUGGUUGGAAUGAGAUUGGACCAGACCCUGAGGUCAGCAUCUGGGAUAUAUCCCUUCCCUGAUGUGGGAAGAGACCCCACUACCACCACCACCGAUACUACCACCAACCAGGUUUUUGAAAUUAAAGCUCAUUCUGGGAA